AUGCCGGUUCUAUUAAAAUCAUCUGAAGCAGCAGUUCAGAAACGGUGUAUUGCAUCGUCUUCUGAAACUCUUUUCAACAAGUUAUGCUAUAACAUUGUACCAGCCUUGGUGAAAUCUCUAACUAAGGGAACUGGUGUCGAAAUUUUGGAGUCGCUGGACGAAUGCAUGAAGGUAUCAGGAGCAAUUCUGGAGGAAGAAGACAUCAAAUUCUUCUUGGUGCAGAAAAUGGAGGUUCUCAUAAAAAGCCCCUCUAUUUCAAGAAGCAAAAUGGUGGACACAACAGAUCAGGAACCAGUAGAAGAGGAAAAUCUGAAAGAAGAAAAAAUUUCUGACAAAGCUGCUGAUUGUUUGUCCACUUUAAUCGGCACACAGAAAUAUUGUUUAUCAUCAUUGGUCGACAAGCUUUUACCACUCAUACAACUUAUGUGGGAAAACGAUAAAACAGCUAAAGAGAGAAACAUUGCCUUGCGAGUUUUUCGUGAAGUUGCGAUACGUUUCCAAGGAAAAGCAUUCAAGGGCUUGACUAAAAGUCUCGAGGACCAGUUUAGCACUUGCAUGGAUGAGAACCCUGAAGUUAACGAGAUACUUGCAAAGGCAAUUGGUAUAUUUGUAGAAUUUGGUGGGUCUGUAUCCGAGUCUGUUAUUAGAGGGCACCCUAAGGCAUUGGACAAAGAAUAUGUAAUGGCCCGUGAUGCUGCUGUUGCUUCUCUAGGAAAAAUAUUUGAGUUCAACGACCUACUCAUAGAAAAGGCAUAUUCUCAUUUCUUGUUUCUCAGAUCAAUGGCAAAAGAAGCCUUUCUGUUCUACCAUGAGGGAAAGGAAUUGAAGGAGAGUUUGAAGCAGGAUUUGACGUUGUGGUUAAGCCAUUUGCCAAUGAGAAGUAAUCGAAAUGAGGCCAAAGUUGUGCAUCAUCAACUCUGUUUACUGUUUGAAAGGUCGGAAAAGAACCUUCUUGGCAGAAACAAUGAUAAUCUUUCCGAAAUCUUUCGUGUUUAUGCUGAGGCACAUCCCAUUCUUCAUUGCAAAGUAGCUUAUAUUCUACAUCUCUUUGAUAUCUUUGUGCAUUCUACUUAUCAUGAGAACUCUUCAUUUCUCCAGAUCCUGUUGGCGGGUAAGAAGUUAGCUACUGAGCAAACUAUGAACCAAAUGAUCACGCAACUGAAGAGACUAAGAAACAAGUUACUGGACGAUCAUUGGAAAUCCAGCAUGUCCUCCCUGGAACCCCAUCUGCAGAAGAAGUUGGAAUCUGUAUUGUCCACCUAG